AUGGUAGUGUUCCUGGUCUUCCUGUUGAUAUUACUUCCUCAUGCAACAUGCAAGGCUCACAUUGUGAAAUGCAAUGUCCGUGACCCACACACUCCACUUCACCAGUAUCAUCAGAGAGGAGACCUCAUCAUUGGUGGUAUUGCUUCUCACAGCUUCAUCAUCAUCUCCAGUUCAACAGCCUUCACCAAAGAACCCCCGCCAGCACUGCUUGAAGAGCUGAAUUGUGAGGAUGAUGUAGAACAUAGUUGUGAUAAACUGACAUAUCCUUCUCAUACAGAAUGCAACUUUCAUUCUAGUGUAGUGCCCAAGAAUUACCAGCACAUCCUGGCCUUGCAAUUUGCAGUGAAGCAGAUAAAUGAGAACCCUCAGUUCUUACCCAAUCUCACUUUAGGCUUCCGCAUCUAUGACAGCUAUUUCAAUGCCAAAUGGACCUACCAUGCCACAAUGUUACUUAUGUCUGCACUGGAAACAUUUGCCCCCAACUACAUAUGUGUCAUCAAGAAAAACCUGAUAGCCGUAAUUGGGGGACUGGACUCCCAAACCUCCCUUCAUGUGGCAACACUCUUGGAUAUCUAUAAGGUUCCACAGAUGGCUCCUAAGGAAGUCCAUCAGUAUGAGGGGAUUCUUUCUUUACUCCUGCAUUUCAGGUGGACAUGGAUUGGGAUCCUUACUUUCAACGAUGAGAGUGGAGAAAGAUUUGUACAAGCAGUAGUUCCAUUGUUUUCCCAGAGUGGUAUCUGUUUUGCCUUCAUAGAAAGAAGUCACAAAGUUACUUAUGCCACUGAAAUGAAUGAUUUGUUUCAAAAAGGGGCAAAAAUACAUGAUAAAAUCAAUGACAGUAAAGCCAAUGUAGUGGUGGUCUAUGGAGAAUCAUAUACUGUGUCAUUUGUGAGAUGGCUGCCAUACCUAUCAGAACGAGAACACAUGCCAAGUAAGCCAGUAAGUAAAGUGUGGAUAAUGACAGCUCAGGUGGAGCUCACUUCAUUUGUCUAUCAAAGAACUUGGGAUACAGAAAUACUCCAUGGGGUUCUUUCCUUCACCACUCAUUCUAAUAAUUCACCAGGAUUUCACCAAUUUGCUGAGAGCAAAAACCCUGCCAGCCCAAAAGGGGAUGGAUUUAUUAUGGACUUCUGGCAACAGGCAUUCAGCUGUGUAUUCCCAAAUCAAUUUGUUGGUAACAUAGAGGGUGAUAUGUGUACUGGGGAAGAGAAGCUGGAGAGCCUUCCUGGGCCUUUUUUUGAAAUGAGCUUGACUGGCCACAGCUACAACAUCUACAAUGCUGUUUAUGCUGUGGCCCAUGCUUUACAUGCCAUGUCAAUAUCCAGAAUUAAACAGAGAGGAAUGGCAGACAGAGCAGGAAUGAAGCUUCAGAAUCAUCAACUAUGGCAGCUCCAUCAUUUUCUAAGGGGUGUCUCAUUUAACAACAGUGCUGGGGACGAGGUCUCCUUUGACCAGAAUGGUGAGAUAGUAGCCGGAUUUGAUGUCAACAAUUGGAUUGUAUUCUCAAACCAAUCCUUCCAUAGAGUGAAAGUUGGGAGGAUAAAUCCCCAGGCUGCUCCAGAGCAAGUGUUUACCAUCAGUGAAAAUGCCAUAACGUGGCCCAACUGGUUUAACCAGACACAGCCUAACUCUGUAUGUACUGAGAGUUGCCAUCCUGGUUCUAGCAAGAAAGUGAAGGAGGGGAAGCCAUUUUGCUGCUAUGAUUGUAUUCCAUGCCCAGAAAGGAAGAUUUCAGAUCAAGAGGAUAUGGAUGACUGUUAUGAAUGUAAAGCUGAAAAAUACCCCAACAAAAAUCAGAAUAUAUGUAUUCCCAAGGAUACAAGUUUCUUGUCCUACGAAGAACCUUUGGGAUUCACUUUAGCUGCUUUUGCUCUUUCCUUUUCAUUAAUCACAGCUCUGGUGCUGGGAAUAUUUAUUAAGCACGGUGACACUCCCAUUGUCAAAGCCAAUAAUCAGGACCUCACCUAUGCUCUCCUCAUAUCCCUCCUCCUCUGCUUCCUUUGCGCUUUGCUAUUCAUUGGCCGACCAGAGAAGGUGACGUGUCUCCUCAGGCAAACUGCUUUUAGCAUCAUCUUUUCAGUGGCUGUUUCUUGUGUGUUAGCAAAAACCUUCACUGUUGUUCUUGCUUUUAUGGCCACUAGACCAGGAAGCAGCAUGAGGAAAUGGGUGGGAAAAAGAGUGGCCAGUUCCAUUGUUCUUUCCUGUUCCCUUAUUCAAGCAAUUAUUUGCACUGUGUGGCUAGUUUCUUCUCCUCCUUUCCCAGAUGUUGACAUGAACUCAGUGGCUGAAGAAAUUGUCCAAGAAUGUAAUGUAGGUUCCAUUACUAUGUUUUACUGUGUCUUGGGCUACAUGGGCUUCCUGGCUUUUGUGAGUUUCUGUGUGGCUUUCCAGGCCAGGAAGUUACCUGACAGUUUCAAUGAAGCCAAGUUUAUCACUUUCAGCAUGCUGAUUUUUUGCAGUGUUUGGCUGUCCUUUGUUCCAACCUAUCUGAGCACCAAGGGCCAAUAUAUGGUGGCUGUUGAGAUCUUUUCUAUCUUAGCCUCUAGUGUCGGCCUGCUGGGUUGCAUCUUUGCCCCCAAAUGUUACAUUAUUUUGUUGAGGCCUGAGCUGAACAACAGGGAACAACUACUAAGAAGAAAAUACUGA